UGACUUCGAUGGCAGAUCGCCCAAAGCCAAAGUCUACACAGCGUCGUUCUGCGGACCCGCAGUCCUCUCCAGGUGGUAGCGGGACACUCCCAAAGCCUCAGCCCAAGGGGACUAGCAUGUCACUGACCGAAGCUCUGGAACAACUCGCCGACGACUAUCUCAAUGAAAACCCUUCCUUGAGUCGACAAGAGGCGCUCCAGCAGGCGAGCCUCGCCCUAGUCACCAGCGCCAUCCCCGAGCACGCGAAACAACUCAACGCCACCAAUGCCCAUGACACAGCGAGGCAGAUGCUUCAAGGGUGGAAGAACGCUGUCGACGCAUCUGGUGCACUGGACGAUCAUGGUGGUAAUGCAGCAGCAGGUUCGUCGAGCCGUGGUGGGUCGGAGGCCCCACCAGCGGGAGAUCUGCUGAAGCGGAUGUACGACAUGGUGGCGGCUGUCACUGGUUACCAAACCACCGAGGAGCAGAAAACCUGGGGCCUUUCUGGACUCGGAGCUUCACUCCCGAAUCUGGACUAUGAGAAGCCUUCGGAUAGGAAAGGGAAGGGCGUCGAAGUUGCCUUUCGUCUCCCAUAUGGAAAGGUCACCCCUGAGACGCUCCCGAAGGAAUUGAACGAGUACCUCUCCCCAGUCCUUUUUGUCCCUACUGCCAAUCCUGAAAAGAAUCCCAACGCAACCGUCGAAGACCUGAUCGUCACCCUCGUUCCUGAACGCAGAGUCGACUUGAGCAACCCCGAUCCCGACGGGUAUGUUAUCUGGAUGACGAACCCCAUUCGCAAGCGACAGUACUUCUCAAUUCCUGGCUUCCCUAAACGCCUGCCUCAAUUCAGAAGCAAGAUCGAGGUUAAACGCGUCAAAGGGAUGGGAAUGGGUGUCUUUGCCACCCGAAACAUCAAACGCUUCGAAACCGUCCUUGUCGAGCGUCCUUAUAUGGUCUACCCCAACCAACCUCUCGUCCUCUUCUCCAACUCCCUCUCGGAGGAAGUUACCAAGCUUGACAAGUACCGUGCCGCCCAAGUGAUGCUGGAGCAGGUAAAAAUGCAGUUCGAGACUCUCGUCAACACUCGUAUGACGAAGGAAGAUAAAGAGGCGUUCAUGUCGUUGCCCAACUCCCACAAGAAGGAUGGGAGUGGUCCUGUCUUCGGAAUAAUCAGAACCAAUGCACUUGGUGUCAAGUUUGACGAUGACGACGCGGAUGGUGAUUUUGGCAUGGGCUAUGGUGCUAUUCCUCGCAUUGGGAGUAGGUUCAAUCACAGCUGCACACCAGACGUCCAGGCAGAGUUCCACCCCAAAGCCUUCGCGUUGCAAUAUACCGCAUUGAGGGACAUCAAAGCCGGAUCUCAAAUCUUCGCAUCCUACACCUCCUACUUCAUGUCCAAAGCCGAACGCGACGAGUUCCUCGCGCCCUACGGCAUCCAAUGCGUCUGCCGCGUCUGUGUCAACGCCACACCGCAAACAGACCAGCUCCGUCGGGUAUGCUUCAAGAUGUCCCAGAACUGGAAGAAGCAAUGUGAUAACGUGUGGAUGAAGGAUCGGAAGCUUACCGUGGACGUUUUAAAGCCGCUUUUGGAGAUGAAGAAGAGGAUGGAGGAUGAGGGGCUGGAUACGUUUGAGGCGGGGUACUAUGAGCUUUGGCAGGUUAUGAUGUCGGUGUAUAGCAAGCUGGGGAUGGUAAGGAAGAUGGAGGAGUGUAUGGCUGUUUUGAGGGUGUUCAUGGAGAAGACGAGGGAGGCUCAGUUUUGGGAGGGUUCAAAGUUUGCGUAGGUCUUUAUCCUUUCGACUGAAAUUGUAUAAUACUUCCUGGGCCAGUUCUACACUUUAUGUU